GAAUUGGCAACACUGAAACGAACAUUGCGGGAAAGUAACCACGUGUGUUAACAGGAAUCGUUCGCGGAGAAGAAUUGUUUUCUCUUUUAGAUUUUUGAAAUUAACGUAAAGAAUGCCGAAAGGGAAAGGAAGCGGAGGAGCAAAACCUAAGGAAGUUAAAGAAGAAUCAUCAUCCAAAGGUUCUCAAAAGAAGCAAGGAAGCGGUAAUGCUGUUAAGGUGAGACACAUUUUAUGCGAAAAGCAAUCGAAAGCCUUAGAAGCAAUGGAAAAAUUAAAAUCUGGAAUGAAGUUUAAUGAAGUAGCAGCACAAUAUAGUGAAGAUAAAGCUAGACAGGGAGGUGAUCUGGGAUGGAUGACGAGAGGCAGCAUGGUCGGACCUUUUCAGGAUGCCGCAUUUGCACUGCCCGUCAGCAAUCUACAGAAUCCGACGUACACGGAUCCCCCCGUCAAGACUAAAUUCGGAUACCACAUAAUUAUGGUCGAAGGAAAAAAAUAACGUUUUGCAAAACUGUUUAGUACAAUAUAUAUUUAUU